AUGUACUAUUCAAAUCGACAACAACGAGGCCCUUAUGCAACUAAUGCAUGUACUAAUUGUCGAAAGAAACACCAAAAGUGUUCUGAAGAAGCUAUUUGCACAAAUUGUGCAUCACAAAACCUCAAAUGUAUUUAUGUCAAAUCAACUAAAAAACGAGGACCGAAAGCGUCUAGUAAUGUCGGUAACGCCUCAAAUAUCGAACAUGAACACGCAUUAAUCUUAACUCAAUUUGGCAUACCCAUUCCUCUCUGCCUCGACUGUAAUUAUAACGAAGAAUUUCAAUCAAUUCAAAAUGGGUUCUUUCCAUACAUUAAUAAUAAUUUUACUAUGCUAAAUAAUGACAUAUCUGAGAAUGUUCUUA